AUGGUAUUCGAACCUGCUAAUAGAAGGCUAAAUCAUCCUUGCUUUGUGUGUACCAAGAGGAAGGUAAAGUGUGAUAAGCUAGUGCCAUGUACGAAUUGUGUAAAAAGGGGCGAAGAGAAGCAAUGCAUGGAAUUAUCGAAAUCUAAGAAGUACCAAACUUGUUCUGGAAUUGAAUUAGACCCCAGGGUUGUUAAACUAAUCCAGGAUUAUGAAUACUGGAUUUUUAAACUUGGUAUAAUGAAAAAUGAGAAACGAGAUUGCAAUAGUGUCAGCCAGUUUGAGGCUGAUAUUGAAGAAUUUAAGUACUGGAUCCAGUAUUUAGAUAUGGAAUCUUCUUUCAAAUUGUUAGAUUAUUCAAUGGAAAAGUUAGGUGGGCUGUAUUUUGGAUGUACUGGGGAUAUUGGGGAGCUGUAUUUUAAAUUAGAAGAGUAUUGGAACCGUAGAGAGGUUAAAGAUUACAAGGAAACGAUAGAAGAGUGCUUAUGGAACGGAGUUCUGUGGUCAGUAUUGACUUUAGCGGUAUAUUACAUUCCUGUUAGAGAAUUAAAACACAUACUGCCACCCGAACCUGUUUACACCUGGUGCCAUAGUGAUAGCUCAUCCUCUUGGUCAGAGGAAUUGCAGUCUGUAUUAUAUGAAAGCUUUUUAAAAGUAGCCCUAUUUCAAUUGAAGAGGGCAAAUUUUAUGCAACAUCCAGAUAUUAAGGUAAUACAGGCCUAUUUAAUUUUGGCGAAUACGUCCUUUCCCCAGGAAGCUGUAUUUUACUCCAAUGGAUUUUUAAACCACUGCAUACAUGUCUGUAAGUUGCUUCAAAUUGAUAAUUUCAAGUCUAAUGUGAGUGAUUCUGCAGCUGUCAGAUUAGCGAAAUUGUUGGCCCAGAAAAUAUGGUAUAAACUGUCUAUAUGUGAUUACCUGCAAACAGGACCAAAUAAACAACUUUGUAUCCAUACAGAAAACGACUCUCUCAUAAAACACGCUGCAUAUUAUGAAGAUCUUCCUAACAUUGAUGUCUAUCAAAGUGAAGAUACAUUUGAGACUUUAGCGUGGAAGCUAUUCUCAUUAGAUCGAGAUCUUGAACAAUACAACAUGAAGAAACCUACUUUAAAGUCAUUGGAAACCAUAAAACGUCAACUUGAUAUAUUUACCGUGAAGAUAAACGCUCUGGAUGAUACGGAUUCUUUUCACUCGAAAUUUGAGACUUUUCUGUCGAGAUUAGUUUUGAAUCUGACGUACUGGAAGACUUGUAAACUGUGGUAUAUGUAUUAUGGCUCAAUGACCUGUUAUGAACAGAUGAAUACACACGCAAAAAUUAUAAUAGUAUUAGUAUUAAACAACAUGAAAGGUGAAAUGUUACCAUUCAACAAAUAUCCACAUGUAUUAUACGCAUUGGGAAUAAUGUCUGCAUAUUACAAUAUUAGAAGAAUCAUCGAUGAGUCAGAAGAAUGCAAUCAACUCGCAGCUGAUUUGCUAGAGUUGUUAGAUGCUAUCCCAAAGGGAUCUAAAAAUUCAAGGAAGAACGCCAUUAUCCAGGUAUUGCGAAGAUUACAAAAAUUAGAAGCACUUUGGAAGAAAGUCCGAGUAAUAGAUAAUGGCGAUCCAUUCUUUCAUCCUGUGUUUAAAAUCUUGGGAAAUGAUAUAAAUAUUCUACAGUGGGAAUUUAAUAGAAUCUCUUUUACUUUGGGUGGCGGACCAUUUGAGGAUGUGGCAAAGGUUGUGGAUAUUACAAAUGAAGCUCCAAAACUGAGAGCAGUUGUCAAGGAAUUUGAAGACCGUUACAAUAUCCUUGAAUGUAUAUACCCGCUAUCCGAGAACCCUUAA